AUGCUUUCUCUUUAGAGAAGACGAACGACAGAAUGUGUGAGCCUUUCUAUGCCUCCCAGGUCUUCAACGUUCAACAUUUGAAACCUCUCUUUCUCACUCUCACUACCCUUCUUCCAUAUUAAUUAAUUAUUAACACUGUAUUUUAAUUUUAAUCUUCUCUCCAUGCUUUCAUUUGACUUCUGUACCUCUCUCUCUCUCUCUCUCUCACUCACACCAUGUUUCAGAUGAUAAAAUAAUAUAUUUUUUGAACUGUACAAAACCAGGGUCUCUUAUUUAUAAGGCAGAUGCACUACACACCAAAUCUUCAUUCAGAUGAGAAAGUGAGAGUUUGGAUCCUCAGAGAGACAGAUAGAGGUUUUUCAAGGAAUACUCAAGAGAGAGAGAGAUAUGGGAAGAGCUCCAUGUUGUGACAAGGCAAGUGUUAAGAAAGGGCCAUGGUCACCAGAAGAAGACACAAAGCUGAAGGAGUACAUAGACAAGAAUGGAACUGGAGGGAAUUGGAUUGCUCUUCCUCAGAAAGCUGGUCUUAAGAGAUGUGGGAAGAGUUGCAGAUUGAGAUGGCUCAAUUAUCUCAGACCCAACAUUAAGCAUGGAGAUUUCUCAGAUGAAGAAGACAGAAUAAUUUGCAGCCUCUAUGUUAACAUUGGAAGCAGGUGGUCAAUUAUAGCUGCUCAGUUACCAGGAAGAACUGACAAUGAUAUCAAGAACUACUGGAAUACCAAGUUGAAGAAGAAGCUCAUUGGGUUGCUUCCUCUUUCUCAUCACACAAAACAACCUUCAUUUCCAUCAUCUUCCCUUCAAAACCCUCCACCCUCUCCUUCGUCUCACCAACUGUACGGAGAAUACGGCAACUACAUCCCAGUAACAGCAUCUUUCACCGGCAUGGAACAUCUUUCUCUUCCUUCAGCUAACUAUGAAAGCACAACAGCCUCAGUUUCUAAAACUUUCUACCAAAACCAAGACUCCAUGGUCAGCGUUAGUCCCAUGCAAUGCUAUUACCCUGUCAGUGACAGCAUGCUCAUGUUUGGAAGCGAAGGAAGUUGCAGUUCCUCCGACGGAAGCUGCACUCAGGGAAGAGAAAUGAAGCAAGAAGAAAUCGGUUACCAGAGCUACAACCAUAACUUGAUGCUCAGUUACAACACCAACGAUGGAGAUAAGUCGUGUGUUGGAGGGUGCUUCGACCAAACGCUAACAACGUUGGAUUAUGAUCUUGAGGAUAUUAAGCAACUGAUUAGCAGCAGUAGCAGCAGCUUGAAUAAUAAUGUUGAUGAAAACAAGAGAGAAGAGAAGGCGAUGUACUGCUGCUAUUACUAGUGACUGCAGCUGGUGAUGACUGACUACUGGUAAAAGAUAUGAUGAUGGAGGAAGAAGGGUAUGUUGGUAUGGCAAAGAUUCAGAAUAUUGAUGACAUUUUCUGGGGCUCUGCGUUCUUUGAUUAAAUGAAACAUUUCUUGUUUUGACAGUA